UACAAGCAUGGCUUUGCAGACCACCCCGAGGAGUGGGCCAAUCUGGGCCAGGGAGCACCAGAGGUCGAAGACAGCAUCCCGAACUGCUUUGACCGUCCCAAGGACGUCAACAUCUCUGCGCAUGGCCGCGAGUACGGCCCCACGGCGGGUAUUCGGCCACUGAGAGAGGCCGUGGCCACGCUCUACAACGAGCACCACCGCAAGUGGCGCAAGAGUCAGUACACGUAUGAGAACGUGUGCAUCGUGCCCGGCGGCCGCGCAGGUCUUAUUCGUAUCGCUGCAGUGCUGGGCAACUGCUAUCUCGGCUUCUUCAUCCCCGACUACACAGCGUACAACGAGAUGCUGUCGCUCUUCAAGAACAUCGCAGCCAUCCCUAUCCCGCUUGGCGAGCAGGACCAGUACCACAUGUCGCCCGACAAGGUCGCUGAGGAGAUCGCCCGCGGCACUUCUGUGUUGCUGACGUCCAACCCGCGCAACCCCACCGGCCAGAUGGUCACCAACCCGGAACUGGCCCAGAUCCAAAACAUCUGCCGCGACCGCGCAACCCUUAUCAUGGACGAGUUCUACUGCGGUUAUAAUUACACUACUAACUGCGAUGGUACUGUCAUCUCUGCUGCUGACAAUGUUGAAGAUGUCGACGAGGACGACGUGCUCAUUAUUGACGGCCUGACCAAGCGCUUUCGCCUGCCAGGCUGGCGCGUAGCCUGGGUCAUCGGUCCUAAAGAAUUUAUAGCAGCUAUCGGCAGCUGCGGAAGUUACUUGGACGGUGGUUGUAACGUGCCGUUUCAAGAGGCCGCCGUGGAGAUGCUCAGUCCGCCACGCGUCCGCAACGAAAUGCGCGCCCUACAGAUGCAUUUCCGCAGCAAGCGCGAUUUCGUCAUCGGCCGCCUACAAGAGAUUGGCUUCCGUUUCCCGUAUAUGCCGAAUUCCACAUUUUACCUGUGGCUGGAUCUGAGCAGCCUGCCCGAGGGCAUCAACGACGGGCUGAAUUUCUUCCAGGCAUGUCUACUUGAGAAGGUUAUCGUAGUCCCUGGUAUCUUCUUCGAUUUGAACCCGAGUAAGCGCAGGGACCUGUUUGAUAGCCCGUGUCAUCACUUCGUGAGGCUGAGUUAUGGCCCGAGGAUGGAUGUGCUGGCGAAGGGCAUGGAUGCGAUUGAGCGCAUUGUGAAGAAGUACCGCGAGAACCCGGGUCACAAGCAUAUGCCCAUGCGGCCGCGUGGCGGCAUGCCAUAG